AUGAUGAAGCUCGUGGUUCUCGCUCUCUGCCUGGCUUACGCCUACAGCUGCGGCGUUCCAGCCGUGCAGCCCAUCCUGUCCAGAGUGGUGGGUGGCAUCGACGCGCGGGCAAACAGUUGGCCAUGGCAGAUUUCCCUGCAGUACCAAGGAACCAGCGGAGCUUGGGGACACACAUGCGGAGGUACUCUGAUCGCUGACAACUGGGUGCUGACUGCCGCUCACUGUAUCAGCUCCGGACGCGUCUACAGAGUCGUGGUCGGAAAGCACAACCUGAAGGAUGAGGAGGAAGGAUCUGCCGCCAUCUCUCCCGAGAAGAUCAUUGUGCACGAGAACUGGAACUCCUUUUUCAUUCUUAAUGACAUCGCUCUGAUCAAGCUGUCUGAGCCUGUGCAGCUGAGCCACAGCGUGCAGCCCGCCUGUCUGCCAGCUAGCGGCGCCCUCCUGGCACAGGACUUCCCCUGCUAUGUCACCGGAUGGGGACGUCUGUACACUAAUGGACCCAUUGCUGACAAUCUCCAGCAGGCUCUUCUGCCCGUGGUCGAUUAUGCUACCUGCAGCAAGUCUGACUGGUGGGGCUUCCAAGUGAGAACCACUAUGGUCUGCGCCGGAGGUGACGGAAUCGUGUCUGGAUGCAAUGGAGACUCUGGCGGUCCUCUGAACUGUCAGGCUGCCGGUGGAGCCUGGGAAGUCCAUGGCGUUGUCAGCUUCGGCUCCGGAGUCAGCUGCAACUAUGAGAAGAAGCCCACCGUCUUCACCCGUGUGUCCGCCUACAAUGACUGGAUCAACAACAAAAUCAUCAGCAACUAAGAAGCGUCUUCCAGAGCCGUCCUCCGGCCGCGGCCGCACAUCUUGGCGAGAUGCACAAUGUAAUAACGUUAUAAAACAAUAAAGAAAUAUCAACUCUGUUGUAAA